AUGAGAGUAAACGCAUACUUUGUAGGUGAUAUUUAUAAGGAAAUUUAUAUGGCCUUAAAGAAAAAGGCAGAUACCCUAAUUCAUUUUAUAACCUACUUUAUUCGCAUUCAAUUUUUCACCAAUGUUUUAUCAAAGGUGCUUCCGGAACUUCAUAAUUUAAAGGUAUUAAACUUAGAUAUACUUGAUUAUAAACUUAAAUAUCAAUUGAAUAUUUCGAGAUUUCAACAUCUUGAAGUCCUUCAAACAGGUUAUAUCACGAUUGAUACGGUAAAUUGUUUGAUUAAAAGCAGCGGAGGAUGUCUCAAAAAAAUUUUAAUCGGGGAUUUUGAAACCUAUAACGAUAACCUUUAUGAUGAUUCCCUUUUACUUAUUCGUACCGUUCGUGAAAAUUGUCCUUUAAUUGAAUGUCUGUCACUCGUGUUUAUAACAUCAGACGAUCAUUUCAUCGAACUUGAACGUUUACUUAGGACUUGUCAAUACUUGAAGGUAUUAAUAUUAGAGACGAUUGCCGAUUUUGAUGAGGAUGAAACCAUCACGUACGAACAAAGAGGGUUGGCGGGGGAAAAGUUAUUAAACGUAUUAAUUAAGUCCACACCGAUUAACCUAAGUGUAAUUGGAAUUUUUGAUGAAUACUUUUCAAUUAAUAUCCUAGGAGAAUUUUUAGAGAAUUGGAGAGGUCGACAGGCUCUUUCUAUUCUUACAUCAAACAAUGAAUACGAAAAUGAAGAAUUUGCAAAAUUAAUUGAUAAAUACAAGGAGGAAGGUGUGAUUAAAAAAUUUAGUGAUAGUGAUGUGCAAAGCAUUAUUGACAAUUAUGGAAUAUAG